UUGGUAUUUAAGGAGAUAUUCCAACUUUAUAUUUGAAGUCUGCAGAAUCAUUUAUAGUCAGAACUCGUCAUGGAGAAUGGGUUGACGGUGUUUGGUCAAAACAUUAUUCAAAGCUGAUAUUUAGAAAUAAUACUGAUAUGAAUCAUCUUCAAGCUUUUGCUAACCGGAAACUAAGAAUUGCUUACAACGACAUUAAGCCGUUCUUUAACUUGAGCUCGAAAGAGGAGUGUGAUCAGAGGACAUAUGAAGGUCUUUAUCUAAAUAGUUACAUAGAAAAAAGAAAUCUAAAAAUUGAACUGAUAUUUUGUAACAAUACUUGGGGGUCUUUAAACCCAGAAACCCGACAAUGGAAUGGUGUAAUAGGACAGGUCGCGUAUGGAAGUGCAGAAGUAGGUGUUGGUUUUAUCUCCUAUACAGAAUCAAGAAAUAGUAUUGUAUCUUACUCCCAUCCAGUAGGUCUAGAUACAACAAAUUGGAUAUCAAAGUACCCUGAGAGGACGUCUCCGUAUUUGAACAUAAUUCAGGUGUUUGAUCUUAACAGUUGGAUAGCAGUUUUGGUUAGUGCUUUGGUAUCUGGAUUUUUUCUUAUCUUAAUAUUGGUUGUUACUGAACGUACUGGAAACACUGGGCUGAGGCAGGAUUCAGAUAAAAUUCUUGCCUUCUUUGUCCCGAUUGCUUUAAUGAAUGCUGAGGCCAUGCCUACCUGGUUUCUUAAUAAUAAUAAAAGAGUUUUGUCUGGAAGUUUAUUUUUGCUGGGUUUGACCUUUGCUUCAACAAUUCUUACUUUAGCAUUUUCCUGUAAUCUAAGAGCUGUGAUGCUAACCCCUGUUUAUGAAAGAGAAAUUGACUCUGCCCAACAUGUUGUUACUGAGCGGAAAACUGUUAUCUCAACUCCAGCUAACAAGUGGAUAAAAGAUUAUCUAGAGAAAUCUGCAAAUCCUUGGAAUGUUAAAACACUGGAAAAUUUCAGAUUUUGGACUUCUCAGGAAACUCUAUCAAGUGUAUUGAAAUUAAUUGCAAAGGAACAAAGCAAUGUAAUGUUGGGAACCAAGGAUCAUAUACAACUGAAGAUUCAAUCAGACCCGGCAUUAGCCUUGCUUCCUCGGCCCAUAUUAUACUUUAGUAAGGAAACUGUACGACCAUAUUACAGUGGCUGGGUUUUAGCAAAAGAAUCUAAUUGGAUGGAUGAUUUAAAUAAUCAUAUCUUAAUCUGCAAUCAGGCUGGUUUUGAUGUCAAGAUACGGAAUUCUUUUAAUACAGUUUUUAACUUGGAAAAACCUGAUCAGGAAAAGAUUUCUAUAUUGCAUCUUGCUAUUGCGUUUUACGUGUUUGGAAUAGGGUGUACUUUUGCUCUACUAGAAAUUAUUGUAUAUUUAUUAUACUCACAUCGUCUCAUCCUUCUUGUUGUUGUUAUUGUUGUUGUACUUGUCGUUGUUGAAUUCAGGAUUGUUGUUGUAUUCACAGUUGUUGUUGAAUUCAUGGUUGUUGUUGAAUUCAUGGUUGUUGUUGAAUUCAUUGUUGUUGUUAAAUUCAUGGUUGUUGUUGGAUUCAUGGUUGUUGUUGGAUUCAUGGUUGUUGCUGAGUUCAUUGUUGUUGUUGAAUGCAUUGUUGUUGUUGGAUUUGUUGUUGAGUUCAUGGUUGUUGUGGAAUUCAUGGUUGUUGUGGAAUUCAUGGUUGUUGUUGAAUUCAUGGUUAUUGUUGAAUUCAUGGUUGUUGUUGAAUUCAUAUCUGUUGUUGGAUUCAUGGUUGUUGUUGAAUUCAUGGUUGUUGUUGAAUUCAUGGUCGGUGUUGAAUUCAUGGUUGUUGUUGGAUUCAUGGUUGUUGUUAAAUUCAUGGUUGUUGUUGAAUUCAUGGUUGUUGUUGAAUUCAUGGGUGUUGUUGAAUUCAUGGGUUGUUGUUGGAGUUGUUGUUGA